UUUUUUGGUCUAUUAAAGCAUAUAAAUAAGCCUGCGCUCAAUGUAUUUUUUCACUUCCUAACUUGUACCUAUAGUAUAUUCAUCAAUAUCGAGAGAAAAAAAAAAUAAAAUGGCUGGAAGAAAAGGUGGAAGUACCAAUGAUGUGUGGUUAAAUUCCCGGGUCAUUGUAAUUGACUCAACCCCUAGAGGGCCUAGAUUUCGUCAGGUGAGGAGACGAAUUAACUUCUCAUCGGAGGCUGGGGAUGGUGCAUGCGCGACCCCAACACCUGCAGCGUCCCCCAAAAGUCCUGCAGAUACGACCAUGGAGCAGGAAACGGACGUUGAGCGACGCUUGGCGUCGCUCGAAGAAAAAAUGGCGUCCCUGGAGAGGGAGCUAAAAGGAAGAAGGGUGCUGCGCAAGAAGUGCAGCACAUGUAAUUACAGACACAUUCGACUAUAG